AUGUCUGGCCAAUCUUCCGUCGGAGACCGCUCCAUCUACGAAGCUGGUGACCAGCGCAACCCCCCUCUCUCAGAGCUCAAGGAGCGCGCUCGCUACGCCGAGGGCCAGACACACAGCCACCAGAACCUUGACUCCAAGGAUGGUCGUUCCAUCGCCAACAAGCUUGCUUCCCAAGAGCACAAGAGCGACCCCUCGCACCACCACAACGGUGUUCAGAACCAGGAGGCUGAGUUCAGCAAGCAGGACCCUACCAAGCCCGCCCAGCUCCACGGCAAUGCUCCCUCCAAGGGCGCCAAGAUCGACGCCGAGCUCCAGGCUGAGGAUGAGCAGCGCCUUCGCGAGAAGGGCAUCAAGAAAUAA